AUGCGUACAAGUAAAUGCCUGAAGACGGACACUCACUAUGUCGACCUAACACUCGACGACCUCUACAGGCGCGAGGCCGAUCACUCCGACGAUCUGAUUCGGACUUCCCCCAAGGAGGACUCAGACAAAAUUUGUUGUUCCAUUGAUUUUCCAUACGACAAACCUUUAUCCCCACCCGCAAAUAAUUCAAAAAACAUCAAAUCCGCUAAAAAAACAAAAAAGUCUAAAAAAAGCACAAAACGAUCGAAUUAUUUCCCCGAUAAAAAAUCAAAGAAACUUCAAGACGACGAUUUAACAGUGACUCUCGACGUUCUUUCAACUCUUUCAGUUUCCGAAGAGGCUCCUGUGAGAAAGUCUUCCAGUGAGAUUAUUAUGACACCACAAGGUAUUCCAAUCCAUAAACCAGAACAUAUCUCGGGAAGGCGCCCUUUAUCACAUGAGGUCUUGCCUUGCAAAGAUAUUCUUAAGACAUUGAAAAAUCUUCCCGAAGCUAACCCAUUUUUAUCCCCAGUCGAUCCUAUUGCACAAAAUCUUCCAGAUUAUUACAUCGUUAUCACAGAACCGAUGGACCUCGGCACCAUCACAAAAAAAUUGAGAAUGGGAGUAUACGACCACAUCGACGACUUUGCCGCUGACGUGCGACUAACAUUCAAAAACGCAAUGAAGUACAACCCCCCUCGGAAUAUGGUUCACGUCUUUGCAAAAACACUCCUCAAGUACUUCGAUGACAAAAUAAAGGAGUUGUACCAUUCAAAAUGUACAAUCCACGCAAAUGUUGAGAAACGUCACAACUACUGGAACGACAAACGUGAGUGGAUAGAUUUCCAAAAAAGUAUAUUCGAGUUGCAGGAAGAGGCGGGAAUUGCUGCUAUGCAAACAACCCAAUUUCUUCCACUCUCCUUUGAGGAGAAAUGUGAUCUAUCAAACAAACUCGAGGAAGUCGAGGGUGUCAAACAACAAGAGGUUCUUGAAUUUCUCGGUAAACAAGACGCCGAGGGAGACGUGUUCAUCGACUUGGACGAUAUCGACGACGAAGUCCUGGCCGCGCUUAAUUCUAUCGUCUCUCGACGUAAAUGA